UUUUGACCCGUUUUCAAACUCCAAGCAGCUUUCACGCCUCUCGCUCUCUCAAUGAAUGCGUAGUGGUGACGAGUGGGGCGCGUCUCCACCGCACACCUGUGUCACCGCCCGCAUAUCAGCUGCCACCACCACCAUCCCCACCACCUCCACUCUCUUUCAUAUGUCUCUUUCUCUCUCAUCCUUUUCCCCUGUCCCCACUCCCACUUCCCUAUUUAUUUCUCACCAACCCCCCUUCACUCUCCCCAACGCUAGCCAACUUGCUCCUAUCUCGCUCUCCGCUCGUUGAUCGGUCUACUUUUUCGUGAUCUGUUGAUCGAACGACGCGGAGAAAAUGGCGGUGGUGAAGGCGGCCGUGCUCUUCCUCUGUGUUCUUGGGAUCUGGGUUUUGCCCGGCGCGUACUCUGCUUCGCACGGCUCGUCGUCGUCGGCCCCGGCGCCGGCCGUGGACUGCUCGAGCCAGAUCCUAAACUUGGCGGAUUGCUUGUCUUUCGUGAGCGAUGGCAGCAAAGACAAGAAGCCGAAGAAGACGUGUUGCUCUGGCUUGAAGACGGUGUUGAAGGCUGCUCCUGAAUGCCUCUGCGAGGGAUUCAAGAACAGUGCCCAAUACGGCGUCCCUUUGAACUUGACUAAGGCUGUGCAGCUUCCUGCUGCCUGUGGGCUGCCUGCUAAUGCGAUCGGCACCUGUGGAAUAUCUCUUGUUCCCGGUGCGGCUCCUGCUCCAAGUGAAUUGGGUCCGAGCUCGGAAGGGGCAGCACCGAGCGCCGGUGGUGAACUGGCUUCGGGGCCAGCUCCAUCUCCAGGGUUCUCAGGUGCAGGUUCAGUUUCCUCUGCGCUCACAGUGUGUGUGGGAUCUCUGUUUGCUGCCUUGGCACUUGCAUAGUUGCAUUCUCUGGUUUCUGAAGAUCCAAAUACAAUAAUGAUAUUGAUCCAUUUUGAUGUUUUUGUCCUGUGAUGCGGUUCACCUUAUGCUUUUUUCUCAUUUGGAGUGAAAAGUAAAGUAGUUGUGUAGAACCCAUUUUGGGUCCAUUUUGUGGUGUUCAUUUCAGAGUAUUGCCUAUUGAGUUUCUUGUUUCUGCGUCA